AUGGUUUAUCAGACAGCAUCAACUAUUCAUCUUGAUCCUACCCAUACCUCUUGCAUUGGGGGGAGGACCGUUUUGACAUGCCGUAACUGUGCGGGAAACGCACCUAGAGGUGCAAUCUGUACGAGCUGCAGCGGACGGGGCUUCAAUAUCUUCAUCUGCGCGCACUGUAACCCAGCAGGGGCAGCAAGUAAUGCGCAAGCUGCGCGUUCGCUUCCCAACGGAGCAUCAGAACCAUCUACCCCGGCAUCACUGAGCCGCAGCUCGUCUACCUCCGUUUUCUCAUUCAAUGACCAAAUCACAGGCAACCUGUGGAGACGAUCCGGAGAUCGAGACGGUGGUUCCGGGGGUGGACGUCUCCAAACCAACGCCAACCAACCGCGCAGCUCCUAA